AUGGACGAGCUCGCCAGCGCUUAUGAUGAGCGUCUUCUGGAGGUUAUCACAAUUCUCCUUUGGAAUACACGUCUAAGAAUGUCACCCUGCUCCUCCCAUCGCUCUGCUCUAUCCGGUGGUCUUCGGGUCUUGAAUCCGGCUUUCCCCUCGCUCUCGCCCGCCGCGGAGCCCGACGACAUUGACGACCGGUCGACGUUGACACCAACAUCGAAGCUGCCAACACACCAACAUCGAACGGGCGUCAUGAUCGCUGGAUUCGACAUUCCCCUUCGCCAUCGUACCUUCGUCUUCGCCACCAAUCUGGCCGAUUCUCGCGACGAAUGCAUCAUUUGCUCUACGACACCCAAGAUAGGCCCCCGCUCCUACACGAACAACAUCGGUGAGACCACGUCCUUGACUCAUACGCCCGGGGCUGCUGGUCGCGACAUCCACCUCCGAAGGGCAGACAAGCUCCUCCAUACCGUCGAGGAGUGGUCGAGCGCGUUGAUGAAGCUUGACGGUAUUCGCGCAGUGAACGUGGGGAACAUGUCGCUAGUUUAUGUGCUCAGUACGGUGCUGCGCGCUUACCCUCAAGCCCUUUUGAGUGCAGCAUUUUUGGACGGACCGAAGCACUGA